AUGACGAUUUUCGAUGCAUUUACUGGAUGGUUUGCCCCGAUCCUCGUCCAUUCCCAAGCCGGUCUCUACCUAGUCGGAUAUUUACGUCUUGGACCUCAUGGAACACAUUAUUUUCUUAUCAUUUUCUACACUCUGAUGGCCAUUCAGGGUGGAGCGAUUGGGGCGGCGUUUACCCUCAAAUUCUACGCCCUCGCUCCACCAAAUCAUCAACGAUCAAUCCAUUUGCUUUGUAUUCUUUAUAUCAUUUCAAUUUAUUCCACCAUUCCGAUAUGUGUCACCUUUUUGUAUUUAGCGUACGAUCGACAAAUGGAAGAAUACUUCUGGGAAACGGUUAGUUGCCGA